AUGGAGGAGGCUCCUUUGAAGAAGUUAUUACUACGUCUUACUGGUUUUUCUAUUUACGUGCUCAUCGGUGGAGUGGUUUUUAUGCAAAUCGAAAAAGAGGAAGAUCAAAACGCUGCUGAACAAACGGAUGAUUUCCUGCUCAAGUGGAUGAAGACAUAUAACAUUUCCAGAGAAAAUGUCACAAACAUGUUACAAGAUUUCCAAAGUUUGAAAGAGAAUGGAUACAAACCAUCAUGGAGCUUUAUUAAUUCAGUCUACUUUGUUCUGCAGCUCCUCACUACAAUAGGUAAGGGUUGAAUACUUCCUUUAAUUUAUUUUUUUUCUUGUGUCAAAUUACACAAUUGAUAAAAGGGAAAGAUGUUUUUAAAAAAUGAUCAGGAUAAACCAAUAUAUCGUGGCUUCAAUAAAGCAUAACUAUCUAAAAUGCGGUGAACAUCAAAUUUUGAAAUGUUUUUUGAGGGGGGGAGGAGGCACUUUUUUAUUUGGCCUAAACGGGUGAGCCUCUAAACAAGGAAUGAUUUUGAUCAGGGUCUUGAGUCUUAAAGAGGGUAUACAAUUUCACCAUUUCGCUUCUUGAACUGGGUGGUUUUUGUUUUGAACUGGAAGGUUGGCGAUGAGCGGUCUACAUUUGCGGCACCAACAUUUUUUAAAAAUAUCUUAUUGCGUGAUUUUAGUUGGAAAAAUUAGUUUAUUCUGUAUGUACAAACGAAAGGAAUCAGGGUAAUAAAGUAAGCUCUCUUUUCUUGAAGUGACUAAGCACAGUUUCUCUGACAUAAACAUUUGUUUUCGCGCGCGCCAAAGACUGACGUGGUCUGGAAAAAUGAAAACUUCGUUGUUUUCGCCCCUUGAAAUGCUUUAUCCCUCUACUGUUAACAUUUUUACUAUGGGAAGACAUGCAGCCAAUGGGAUUUUCUAGUAAAAAUGUGAGGACCAGCUGAGAGAAAUGGCCAGAAGUUGUCUGUAGAAGUUUAUUCCGUUUUCGUCGCUUUUGUCACAUCGCAUGAUCCCGGCGCGCGCACAAGUUUUGAGCAUGCGUACUUAGGGAAAAAUGUGAGAACGAUUUUUUGUUGACUUUCAUAGACAGAGCUUAAGCAACUAAAACGACGACGACAACGACGACAACGACGACGUCAAGAAACAAUUGUUUUUAUGAAGAAAACAACAGCUCUGCACGCGCAUUUCGCUUUUUAGUACAUUUCUUUGACGUCCACCGGACGGCUACGACGUGAAACCUCCCAAUGCGACGUUUUAUGGAGGACGUAGACAUACGACGACAAAUUUUCCUUUCUCUAUUUGAACAUGGAAAAGUCCUUAAGAAUUCAACUCCAGGAAAGUCGCCUGCAUUUGACGAAUUGAGCGGUUCCAAAUAGACGCGAUAAAGUUUGAAAGGAUGCAAAUACAUUUUUUUAGUGAUGUUUUCACUGCCGUUGUAGUCGUUGUUGCUUAAGCUCGCUGAAAGAAACGACGAUAUCUCAAAAUCUACUCAUUAGAAUUUGACAACAUUUGGCAAAAUUCUUGUCAAUAUCGCCCUUUAAGGCCGAGGGGGACACCUGUCUCUGAAUAAAUUCAUAAGGCAAAAUUUUGCUUGUGCUACUUCUUUUAAAACGCUUAUAUCUCGGCUGUUUUAGAGGCGAUUUCGAUAAAAAUUUUACAGAAAUAACACUUAGCUGAAUAGGGCUCUACAAUGACAAAAUAUAAGCAAAGCUUUGAAAAAUGUGUAAAUAAAAUUCAAAGGACGCAAGACGCCUACAAAUUUUGGAGGAAAUUACCGAAAUUACGUCAUCGAUAAACUCACUUGUGCCUAUGGAAAAUAAACCACUCGGGUCCCGGAUGUAGUUUUUUAUGAAUUUUACUAGUGGUAUAUUUUACAGUAAAACACUUGUGUCUAUAUAAUAAAACCUAAUAAACGUAGUGUCUUAAUUUAUAAAUAUAUUUUGUCCGCGACAAAUUUAAGCUUUAUACCUGCAACGAGUCUGAUCUUAAAUAACACCCCAAUGAAUAUUAACGACUCACAUCACUGGCAUGUAUACGUACCAAACUGUGUUCAGCCACCUUAAACAGGGCAGCGAAAGAAAGAUUUUUGUCGUAAAACAGGGUCAGGGUUUGAAGGCCUGCGCGGCACACCUCUGCCAAAACAUCCGGGGUUUUGUUUCUUCCCUAAAAUUUCACAUUUACCUUGAACAGCGACCGCAAAGUCAUAUUUGCAAAAAACAUAACCCUUAAUAUUGAUUCGGAAGCAGUUCACUUACCCUCUGUAUAUGCUGCAGCGUGCAGCCACGUCGAACGAAAUCUGUUGUGCGCCACUUGUUGUUGCUGUAGUUGCAUCAUGACCCCAAGGAAUUUAUUAUUUGUUCUUUUCAUUACAUACUGCUGCCUGAAUUUACCCAAAAAAUGUCAAUAAUGUUAAGGCAAACUGAUUUUUCGAGUCAAGACGUAAGGUUUAACAUGUUACUGAAAACUAAGAACGAGAAGUCCAAAGACUACUGCAAAGGUGAUUUAAAACAACGUGUAUUGUUUUUUAUAACAAUAUUUCGGCUGGCCAUACCAGCCUUCUUCAGGUUUACAGAUGUACUGAAAACUGUUUUCCGUACGGUUUUUGUUGACAGGUUAUGGCAACAUAACCCCUGCAACAGCUGGUGGCCAGGUUUUUACCAUUAUCUACGCAUUUCCUGGAAUCCCAAUCACUCUCCUGGCAUUGCGUGCCGUUGGAAAAUUGGUCAACAUCGGUUUAAAAAAGGCAAACAGACCCCUACACAGAAAACGUCACGGUAUGGCCUGCCCAGAAACCCAAUGUCCUUUCCUGGAAAAAGCAAAUAUGUGCAUCAAUUUAUGUUGCUUCGUUUUAACUUGGGUGGUGGUAACAACAGUCCAAGCGCGUUUGGAGCCAGAGAAGUCUGUUGUGUUUAUUGUUUAUUCCAUGUUCGUGACGUACUCCACUGUUGGAUUUGGCGAUUUUAUCCCGUUUGAAAACCAAAAAUCCAUUUUUAUCGUAUUUGUUCUGCCUGGCCUGUCCUUUUUAUCGGGUUUGAUUGAUUCUGUUGUCGCUUACUUGGAAAAAAGCAACGUGUUAGGAAAGCGUUGUUAUAAAUGUGUGAGUUGCCUGGGAGUAAAAAUGAAAGCAAAAAAGGCAAGAAUAAAUUCCGCCGAAGCGGUUAAGGCCCAAGAAAAUCAAGAUACAGUAGAAACGGAUAUUAAUGCAGAGCACGCCGUGUGA